AUUUAAGUGUGCAGAUGGAGUUGCUGUGAACCAUGUUGAUCAUGCACACCUCACGCUGCUUUUUGUCGUCUUCGCUUUAAGAACCUGCAACAAAGCUCAGAGAUUGCGCCAUCGCUGUGUUGCAGAAGAGACUUUUGAGAGAUUUCUGUGCACAUAUUUGUCACAGGGUCGGCUGUGGAGCUGAUUUUGAGUCUGUCUUGUUACAUCGUGGGCCUUGGACUGGAGUUGUAGAGAACCGCAGAGGCGAAAAUGGCUUCAAUCGGUAGCACUUUAGGCACUGGAGGGGGUAUACGCAUUCGCCGUGUUGAUCCCCACGAUGCCAUGCCACUGGCAACGAUGAUUUCGGAUUCUUUUCUGGCGUUCAAUCAGAGCGUGAAUAUUCCACCCCAUGUGGAUGGUUUCACUUUGGAGACGUCUAGGGACUUGAUGAAGCAUUUCACGUCCACGCCCACGAUGUAUGGUGUUGUCGCUGUGGAGGAGAGCUCCGGUGCCUUAAUGGCGGGCGGGUUUAUGUACCCAGGGGAUGUGUAUGCAAUUGGCCCCGUCUUUGCGGACAAUGCUUUUAAGGGAAGAGGAGCUGGCAAAGCCGUGAUGGUUGCGUUGAUAGAGAAAGUCAGGAGUGAGAAUGCGAAGUCUAUUCGUUUGUGUCAGGUCGCGGCCAACCCUAUCAGUUUUGGUCUGUAUGCCAGUUUGGGUUUCGUUCCAGUAGAAUGCUGGAUGGACCUUGAGGGAAAUGUGACAACUGAGGAAGCCUCUUCCGCCAAUCGGUCCUGUGGGUUUUCUCCUGUCACAGGUGUAGACGUGCGUAGAAUGGAGGAAGCAGACGUGAAAUGCUGCAAUGAGCUUCACAAAAAGACAAUGGGCUUUGAUCGUGAACAGAGAAUUAGAAUGGAUAUUCCAAACGGUGCUGCAUGGGUCGCAGUGAGAGCUGGAGAAAUCAUAGCUUACACAACAGGCUUCAUCUUGUCUGGACACACUGUGGCCGAGUCCGAGGAAGUCCUGGCUUUCAUGUUCACCGAGGUUUGCCAUAAGACUGAAAAUGCAUCGGUCCCAAAGAAUUUACACGUGCCUGGCCGUCUGUAUCCACGUCUUUUGCAAUGGGCGAUUGCUGCUAAGCUGAAAAUGAUGCGGAGUUGUUGGUUAAUGGUGAUCGGCUCCUACCUCUCACCUCAGAGUGGCAUGGUCUACUGCCCAAGCAUAGAGGGUUAGUCCAGCUCGUAAUUCUGAGCUCCAUCCCAUGUUCUUAAACCCAUCGCAUGCGGUUUAUGUACCAUGUUUUUUUUAGUACUUUUGGAAUGCUUCAUCCUAUUUGCAGUUUCUUAAAUAUUUUUGUAUACAUUUAAAUUCACACUCA